UUCACCCAACAUGACAGCACAAUAGCAUUAAAGAAAGGCACCAAAUUAUGAGAGAUGAUGUUCUCUUGGAUUUGGGAAGUAAAAUAUUUUUUCUUUUCAAAGACACCACAGGUUGAAAAAUGUUUUCUGCUGCGGUGGGAAGGCCUACGACCCCRGCAGUGGCCAGAUGAAGUGCUGUGCAGGGACUCUGUACAACCUGCAGGUUCAGGACAAGCUCUCAGAGGAGGCCCAGUGCUGUGGGAGUGUCCUGAUGGAGGCCGGCUCCACCCAGACCUGCUGCUCUGCCCCAGGGCUAGACCUGCUCUACCCUACCCAGCAAGGGUUCACCUGCUGUGGGCACCGCUAUCCCAAUGCCUCCCUGUGGUCUUGCUGCGCCGGGGUCCUGCACCCAMGGCCUGAACCACACAACACCACCAAGAACAUGAUUCCAGGACCCAGGCUUCUACCACUGGAGGAUUUGAAGACUGAAGUCCUGUGUUACAAUGAAGUUCUGCUGGGGACAGUGGAGAGUGUGUCCAUGAAGAUGAAUAAGCGGUCCAUGAAGAUGAUAAACACCAUGUCCGUGCAGGCCUGGCGUGCCAAUGUCAGCGCCCUGCCUUCCCCUCACUACGUCACAGUACCCGACCACUGCAGCUCCCCUGUACUGGUGCCGGGCAACACUUACAUCUGGGUGAAAAUGCCUUUCUCAGAUCGCAUAAGAUUCAUCUCUGAUCUCAGCGAUAAUUCCUCCCCUCUCUAUUCCAUCCUUUCCAGGUGCAGAACCCUUUUUCUUGCCCAGAGUAAUGCCCUACAUAAUGUUUGAAAGCUUUACAGUGUUUGUUUGCAAGUAACAUUGAUUGUUAACAUUGUUAUUGAUUGUUAACAAUCAACGGCGUAAUAAAAAGCUCAUCUUGGGUUCUGAUGGGGUUCGACAGUUGAACUAAGAUCAUGAGGCACAAGUUAUAUUCUUCCAGAGUSAAUUGGUAUAUAUCAUUCAUUUAAAAGUUUAAAAAMAUUGCUGUUGCUAUCMCAGAUUGCCCCUUUAAGCUAUCAGUAGACAUUUAAGACAUGUUUGUGAAGUGAUUGUAUCACAUUGUGCAAGGACAGGAAAAAAAGCCUAUUUUAACCGUAGGCGUAUGACUUCACCAUGCAUCACUUCAGGUGGUUUUGUGUGGGGUGGUUGCCUUUAUCCCAUCCACAUAUAUGUACCCCAUUAUCUGACACUGGAUCAUAGGAUCACAUUUUUGUUUUAUUAUUUCACUGCCAUACUGUGUUUGAUCUUGUCUAUCCAACUUGUCUCAAGAGG